CUAAAAGUAACUGACCACCACCUUGCUUGCUUGCUUGGUGGGCAAUGGCGACGGGGGAUGUGCGGAACAACCUGCGAAGGUUGGAGCGGUCGCUGCGGAAGAUACACUACGGCAGCGAAUUGGAUGUGAAAGGUGCCAAGGACGGGGACCCGUCUGCUUUUCUUCCGCUGAUCCACUACGCACUCCUUGUAUACUCCCACCCUUUCUCGGUGGACUUGGCAGAGCGAGGAUACGACCUGUACGCCAAGAGCGACCUCCGUUUUAUGGAAGGCGUCUACAAGGUGCUUCGAGAUGAGCUCAAGUACAGCCCGCGCAUCAACAAGCAGCAGUUCUUUCAAAAGGGCUUUGCAGAGCUGAAGAUGAUCAUGACCGUUGAAAUUAUUGAAGAGGUGCUCAAGCGCCACAGGGAACUCAUGAGACAGAACAAACUCGGGCUGCGGCGGCUCUCAGGAACCCACCGUGCAUAUGUGGAGCAGCUCAUGUCCCAAGCCAACCCAUCAUCACCAGCAUCAGCUGCACCGCACACGAUACCCUCAAAUUCAGCGACUGCCUCACCACCACUGAAUGCACCCAAAGCAGUACCAGCGCCAACGUCUGCAGAUACAAGCGCGCUUGCCAGCAUAUCACAUCAAGGCGGCGAGAAGCGCUACGACUCGUCGGUGUACACAACGCCACCUGCACUGCGAGACAACGCUGUUGACAGGCAGCCGCACGUCUCGUUCCGCGACACAGUCUCGUACGUCAACGCAACACCUGUACAACGCAGCCGCAACAAUGGUCGUGACACUCAUGUCGGUGGUGCCAACGGCGUCAACGGUGCUUCUGAUGACGCUGAUGAUGACGACGACGAUGUUGGUGACGGUGGUGUUGGUAGUGGCAGGGGUGCCGGCGGCCUUCACGGUGCCUUCAGCCACGAGCUGGCCACUAGCACUGCAGGUGCACGUGGUUCCUCCGCCGUGCAUGCGCAGAGACACAAUCGAAGCGGCCCCAGUCACGACCAGCGGGCGUGGGGGCACGACGGGGCUACAGGGCGUCAGCCAGAUCAGCACGCAGACACGCGGGCAACGCACGGUCUGCAGGGCGGAACGAGCCGUGACGGGCGUGAUGGCGCGCUACCACGUGUGCAGGUGGCUGAGAUGAGUGCGCUUGGUGCGCAGGCGCUGGCUGAUUUAACGGCACGUAUGUCGCAGCUGUCUUCACGCAUGGACGGCAUUGCUCGCCGCCACCAAGGUGUGUAUCCAGGAGCAAUCCAAGAACAGCAGCACCAGCAGUCUCAGCAGCAGCAGCAACCCCGACCACCACCACAGACGCUAUUGCCACAGCACCUUUCCCAUGAGCAGCAGCACGAACAGAGGGCUGUGUUUCACUCUUCUCAGCAACCUGUGACGCAGGCGUGGGCACCCUCCACACCACACCCCGCAGUACCGGAACAUUCCAAUACGUCAUUGCAGCAACCAAUGUCUGAGGUGCUGGCUGCGGUGCUGCGGCGGGUGGAUGCUGUUGAGCGGUCUGUGGAUGACAUGAGGCAGGACUUCGCGGCGAAACUCGUCCUCCUCGAGUCAAAGCUGCAGUACCUUGAGCAACAGCAGGCGUAUUCCUUGCUUCGGCCAUCCCAGGGUUCUCCAUCGAAAGCCUCGCAGGCGCCAGCAUUCAGUGCCAACAUGAUUCCCACCAAUAGCACCACCACUGUUGCCGGCAGCAGAGGCACUGCAGUCGCAAGCAUUGGAGGCAGUGUCGAACACGCCCUUCAAGGUCCUCAACGUGGCGUAGGUGAUGGUUGGUUUACUGCGGCCUUUUCACCAUCAUCGCACACACGUACAACUGGGCCUGCAGAGCCAUCAACAGCAACAGCAGCAACAGCGCCAACAGCAGCUUGGGGUCCCGUUGCUGCUGCCAAUUCCCCACAGCUGCUGCCGUCCGCUGUGCUGCCGCCCACGGGUCCCGGUCGUGAUGGGCUCAUGAGCCGCCAUGACAUUCCUCAACGCCAGCGCACGAUGGACACACGUACAGCUGCUUCGCCUCUUCAACAGACGUAUCACCGCCAGCAGCAGCAGCAGCAGCAGCAGCAGCAGCAGCAGCAGCAGCAGCAGCGUGUUGCAGGUGAUGGAGGUGACGCGCUUGAGCGAGAGGUUGAGCUGUCGAGGUCACUGCUGUCGUCUGUGCGAGGACCGGGGCAAACACGAGGCCACAGCAACGAUAUCCCGCUACAGCAGCAACAACAACAGCAACAACGACGACAAGAACAGCAGCAGCAACAACAAGAACAACAAGAACAACAACAGGAACAGCAGCAGCAGCAGCAACAAGAACAGCAAGAUCAGUAUUUACGAUUCCCCCAAGGGAAAAUCAUCCAGACCAAGGAGGAGGUGUUGGCAACACAGCAGCAAACACCAUGGGAGCAGCUGUUCAAGAACGAGUCCUCGGUCCACGGCGCCACGAUGACGACCGGCGUUGGUUCCUCAACGGCCCGCGCGAACGAACGGCCACACCAGCCACCACAGUCCCCACCUUCGCCCCCGUCGCAACGAGAAGCGACGUCUGUUGUUGCCACGCCGCCCCGCUCGCCAUAUCGGCUCUUCAAUCCACCCGCUACGAGCAGCCCAAAGCGCAGGAAUGCACGCACGCGCACGCGCAACUUGCUGGGAUGACGGCAUGGCAGUGUGGUCUAUAUGCGCGUGUGCGUGCGCGUGUACAUGUGGGCUUAUUAGGCAAGAUGGGAGGUUGUGGGGGUGGGGACAGUGCGCUGGUGCAAGUGUAUAUGUUCUGCACAUGUACGUCCUUACUUCGCACAGUGGCCACCGUCGUAGCUUCUUUGUACUGUAUAGAACGAUCAUGGCCAG